AUGGAGGAUAAUGAAAAGAUAAGAGAUAAAUUAAAUAAACUAAAAGAACAGUGUAAAUUUUCAGAAAACAUAGAAAAUACAUGUAAGUUGCUAAUUAAUGAACUUAAUAAUACUGAUUAUAAGGUUAUGGACUCUUUUAAACCAUUUAUUUUGCCUAAACAAAACAUAACUAAACUUUUAAAUUUCUAUAAGUUGUAUACAGAAUCACUUAAGAAGAUUGAAAAUAUACAAAUAGAAAUAGAGAAGGUUGGUUUAAGUGAUGAUGAGAAGAUUUUAAGAAUUAAAGAUUUAGAUGAUAUGAAUGUAUUGAAAUUAAUGAAUAACUAUUUAAAAUGUUUAGAUGACUUAAAGAGUUAUAUAAAGGUGAAUAUGGUACGUGAACUGUGUAAAAAAUCAAAAAAAUAUUAUGAGGGAAUAGUGAGUAAAAUAGAGGAAGCCUUUUUCAAUGCCUUAAAAAGAUUACCAAAAGUUGUAAAUUCAAUUGACUUGUAUGGAAAGUUUUUGAUCAGAUCAUUAGAUAAGAAAGAAUUUCUCUCUAAAUACACACAGGCUUUGUAUAAGAUACUUGGAUUUUCUGAAGUAAAAACAUUUCCUAUUUUAAAUCAAAGAACUAAAAAACUUACACAAUAUCUUAAUAUGGUUAAAAAUAUAAACACACAAAUAAUAGGAAAGACAGAAGCACACAAUAUAAAUAUUGGUCUCAUCCAACUAAUUAUAAUCAACCUUAAAAAGGUUAUAGGUGAUAUUUUAUUGAAGGUUGAAAAAGAAAUAAAACCUAAUCAAAUUCCUUCAUUAGUAAUUCUUUAUAAUAACUUAAGACAUACAGAGGGGCCUAUUGUUGAUGAGAUUGAGGAUCUUUUUGUUUAUAAAGAACAGAUACUCAAAUUAAUCUUAAAUUGUUUAGUUCAUUUCUUUGCUUAUCUAGAAACACUUGAUUCACCCAAUACAGACUUAAAAACAGAAUCACAAGUAUUGACAUUAUGUGAUAUAUUUAAAUCAUUUGAAAAUAAUAAGUCUAUUAAAAGGGAAUGGGUUAGAAAAUUUGGACCUUCUUUUGGUGUUUAUAAUUCAGAUGAACUUUAUGAUAAUUUUUGUAGGAAAUGUUUAACUAAAGUUGAGAAAGCUUCUAAUAAUUUGAAAAAUUAUGACAAAUACAUCUAUCUUAUUAAUAAUAAAGCACCUUUUAAGGAGUUUGUUAAAAUGUAUGAUAAUAUGACAAUGGAAAAUUCUAUAAAAAAGGAUGUGAAGCUUGUUAUUGGAUUGUGGAAAAUAUCAAUAGAGAAAUAUGAUGGUGUGACUUUAAAUAGGUUUAUGUUAAAACAAUUGGAAAAACACAAAAAAUAUUACUUACCUAAUGAGGAAAGAAAUAUUUUACAUUCAAAUCUAACAGAAACAGUUGAAGAAUUAAUAGCUGCUAAUAUUUUACAGGGACAAGUAUCAAAACUUAAAAAUGCUAUUGAAAUGAGUUACACUGGUACAAAUUAA